AUGAAGAAAGGUCUGAGUAAUUUGAUUCCAAAUAGUUUGGUGAAGAAGUAUUCAUUCAGACCACCCAAUCCACCUUAAUAUACAUUUGAGUUUAGGGAUGGGAAAUACUAGUUUUAUCCAAUUAUAAAGGGAGUGAAGAAACAAAUUUUCAGUUAUUACUUACUCAUAGAUUCAUACAUACUAAAGAAUGAUCAACUAUAUGUUCCUUUGAUUCACAUAUCAGGAUUGUAGAAUGCGAAAUCUGAGAAAUCCUAAUCAAAGGAAUGCUUACUUAAUUUAAAGUCCUUUUAGUAAGAGACAGAGAAAUAACCCCAAAGGUACAGAACCCUAAUCAUAUUUUCCCACGCAAAUGCGAGUGAUUUAGGAGAUGUGUACUUUUUUGCUGAAAGAAUAAGCAUUGAAUAUGGGGUAGAUAUCAUUGCAUACGAUUAUACUGGUUAUGGAAUAGGUUUUGGAUAAUAUAAAAUUAGCGAAGAGCAAACGUAUGAGGAUUUGCAAAGUGUAUUAUCCUUUGCGAUUAAUAGAUUAAAUUAUUCUCUGAAUCAGAUUAUAUUAUGGGGUUUCUCGUUGGGUUCAGGUCCUGCCACAGAAAUAGCCACACGUUUUGGGGGAUUGGCAGGGCUGAUAUUGCAGGCACCAAUUGCAUCUAUAUAUAAUUGGUUUGGCGAAGGGGAUUAUGGGGAAUAGGACAUUUAUGUUAAUUAUAAGAAAAUCCAAUAUGUUCGUAGCAAUAUAUUGAUAAUUCACGGGGAUUCAGACAAGAUAGUCGGUCAUGAACAGAGCGAGAGGUUGUACAAUAAAUAUUUGCAAUAUAAUGCAAGAGGGAAGAUUCAAUUUGCAUUGGUGAAGGGAGCUGGGCAUAAUGAUUUAUAGUUCCAUAUUGAGAAAGGGGAUAACUAAUUGGGAGUUUAGAUACAUAAUAUGUUGAGACAAAAAGGUGUGGGGUUUAAUGAGAAAGAAUAUACAUUGUUGAAUUUGUGUUAUGUUAAGGAACAUGUUCCUGGACAAUAUAUGUACUAAUACAAUUCGUUGAAAAAGUUUACAAGUUCCGAUGAAAUUCAGAGAAAGAAAGCUGAUGGGUUGUUCUUUUUAUGUACUUGCGAUUGA